AACCAGACACACCUUACUAUAUUCUCCAAACAACACAAUAAAACACAGAGAGAUAGAGAAACAGAGAGAGAGAGAAACCAGAAGAGAUGGAAAAUAGCUUAUACGAUGAACUAUUACAAGAAAUAUUCCAAAAACUUCCAUCUUCUUCUUUCUCUUCAAUCUCUCUUGUUUCAAAACGGUGGCUUCAUCUCUACCGUUCAUCAAAAACCUCUCUUUCUCUUCGUUUCAACAAUCAACACCUUUCUUCCUUCAUCUCUUUCCUCAAUCAACACCCUUCUCUCUCUUCUCUCUCUCUCAUCCUUCUCUCAUCAUCACCAUCAACAACACCUCUUCUUCUCUCUGUUAUUUCCUCUUCUAAGCUUCUCUCUCUCAAAUUCUUGGCUGCUCCUCUUCCUCUCUCUUCCAUCACUUCUCUCUCAAACUCUUGUACCAAGUUGACCUCUCUUUCUAUAACUCUCUCAAGACCAAUUUUUCUCAACUGGGUUUUGCUUUUUCCUUGCUUGAAACAUCUCUCAGUUGUUUUUUGUUCUUCUGAGGAGGUGAAUUUCCAAAAUUGUGUUUUUGAAAGUGAUGAUUUUGAUAAGGAAUUGGGUUUGGAAAGUCUUUGUUUUGAGAAUAUUCGCGGAGAUGAUUGGGGAAUUGGUUGGCUAUGGAAGAGAUGCAGAAACCUUAAGAAAUUGAAGCUUCUUAGUUGUCAAGGAAUUGGUGGUUCUUACUCUUGUUUUGUUCAAUGUUUGCAGGGUAUUCAACAAAUUGAGCUCAAGACUUGUAGAAGCGUGGUUGAUGGAGUUUUGUUGAACCUUGCACAACAUUGUAACUCAUUGGAAUCACUUUUGGUUCAUGAUGGUGGUAGCAGAGAGGGUUUGCUACAUUUCUUUUCAAAUUGUAGUUCUAAUAAUUUGCAUAAACUCGAUUUUCGUUUACCUAUGGACCUUGAAAACAAUCAUCUAUUUGCUAUUGCUAUGACUACAAAUUUUCGAGGCCUUUCGAGUAUUAGGCUUCAAAGUUGUUGUCUUGUAACUGGUGAAGGGCUUAAGGUUCUAAGUGUAGCAUUGAGUAAUGGUCUUGAAGAAUUGGCACUCAUAAACUGUGAUGUUGUUGAAAGGGAAAAAGGUUUGCUUGCUACUUUAGGGCAACAUUUGAGGCAAUUGAAGAAACUUGAUUUGUCUCAUAAUGAAAUGUUGUUUGAUAAGGAUUUUAUUUCAAUGUUGGUUUCAUGUAUUCAUUUGGUUGAUUUGAAGGUUAGAGGGUGUAAAGGGCUUACUAAUUUGGCAUUGGUUACCAUGGUUAGGAGUUGCAAGAGACUUGAAAAUGUUGAUGUUAUGCAUUGUUUGGGGAUAGAAUCUAUGGCUAUUGAACUCUUUGUUAAGAAUUGUUCACAUUUGAGAAGAUUGGAAGUUGAAGGAAGCAAACUCUCUGAUGCUACAAAAUUGUGGGCAUCGAAUAAAUUUAUUGAACUUGUUCUCUAAUAUAAAUGUCACACCAUGAGGUUAUAUUUGGAAUAAAUAUGUAUACAUCGCACUCACAAUUGCUGUAUAUUUACAUUUUCUGUAAUUUAUAUUUAAACAUGAAGUUAUGUUUGGUGAGUAUUCAAAUAAGUUAUGUACAUAAACAUUUAUCUGAUUAUUAAUGCAACUUGACGAGUGCGUA